AACGUGUUAAAGCCUCUCGAAAACCACAACAAGAAACCGAAACUGAAGAAACACAGAGAACCUUACAAAAAAUAAUGUCAGAACUCGAGAACAACGAGCCACUCCUAAUCACCGAGGAAGAAGAGACAGCGUACGAUGAAACAGAGAAGGUCCACAUCGUGCGUGACGAAGACGAGAACGAUCUAGAACACGGCGUCGGAUGCGGCGGCGCACCACCAUUCUCAUGGAAGAAGCUAUGGCUAUUCACGGGACCUGGGUUUUUGAUGAGCAUUGCUUUUUUAGAUCCAGGGAAUCUAGAAGGAGAUCUCCAAGCCGGUGCGGUUGCUGGGUACUCGUUGCUUUGGCUUCUCAUGUGGGCUACAGCGAUGGGUCUUUUGGUUCAGCUUUUAUCAGCGAGGCUUGGUGUUGCAACGGGUCGUCACUUAGCUGAGCUUUGUCGUGAUGAGUAUCCUACUUGGGCUAGGAUGGUUUUGUGGGUUAUGGCUGAGUUUGCUUUGAUUGGAUCUGAUAUUCAAGAAGUUAUUGGUAGUGCUAUUGCUAUUAAGAUUUUGAGUAAUGGGAUUUUGCCUCUUUGGGCUGGUGUUCUUAUCACUGCUCUUGAUUGUUUUGUCUUCUUGUUUCUUGAGAACUAUGGAAUAAGGAAGCUGGAGGCAGUGUUUGCUGUUCUAAUUGCUACAAUGGCAGUCUCAUUUGCUUGGAUGUUUGGUCAAGCUAAGCCAAGUGGCUCUGAGCUUCUCAUUGGUAUAUUGGUACCAAAACUGAGUUCAAGAACGAUACAGAAAGCAGUUGGAGUUGUGGGUUGUAUUAUAAUGCCACACAAUGUGUUUCUUCAUUCAGCUCUUGUUCAAUCUAGAGAAGUCGACAAACGACAGAAAUACCGAGUCCAAGAAGCGCUAAACUACUACACAAUCGAAUCCACGAUUGCUCUUUUUGUCUCGUUUAUGAUCAAUCUCUUUGUCACAACGGUUUUCGCUAAAGGGUUUUACAAUACUGACCUUGCGGAUAGCAUUGGUCUGGUUAACGCGGGACAGUAUCUUCAGGACAAGUAUGGAGGCGGGGUGUUCCCGAUACUAUACAUUUGGGGUAUCGGUUUAUUAGCUGCUGGUCAAAGCAGCACCAUUACAGGUACCUAUGCAGGACAGUUCAUCAUGGGUGGGUUUCUUAAUUUCAAAAUGAAGAAAUGGUUGAGAGCUUUGAUCACUCGUAGCUGUGCUAUCAUUCCAACUAUUAUCGUCGCUCUAGUGUUUGAUUCAUCAGAAGCUACACUCGAUGUCUUAAACGAGUGGCUUAACGUUCUUCAAUCCAUUCAAAUCCCCUUUGCACUCAUUCCUUUGCUGUGUUUGGUUUCCAAGGAACAAAUCAUGGGUAGUUUCAAAAUCGGUCCUUUGUACCAGACAAUCGCGUGGCUAGUUGCUGCGCUCGUGAUAUUGAUCAACGGUUAUCUUUUGUUGGAGUUCUUCACCUCAGAGGUUAGUGGAGUAGUCUAUACCGGUUUGGUGACUAUGUUCACAGCUUCAUAUGGUGCAUUCAUAUUCUACCUCAUUGCUCGUGGCAUCACUUUCACUCCAUGGCGAUUCAAAGCAGGAUCUAUUCAAUGAGAAAUGAACCAAACAAACAAGACAGUGUAGUAGCUAUAUCUUGUAAUCCUUAGGAUAAUGAGUUUUAACUUUCUCUUUUGUAUUAUAUGUGUUGUUGUUAUAAAGCAGCUCUGCUUGUAUUGUAUUGUAUUGAAGAAGGCUCUUCUAUAUAUGUAUCAGUAGAUAGUUCCCAAAGAUAAAAACUAAUAAGAUCUGCUAUUUUUGUUGUUGUU